CUGAAAGGUUGACUCGGAAAAGGCGCUGCUCUGACCUCAGCCUGCUGUUUAUGGUCUAAUAACUUUAUAGCACUUUGGAAGUGAUUCCCUAAGCAAGAUGUCGAAAAGUGACGACGUGCGGGAGAAUGUGAAGAAGUACUAUGGCAGCCGUCUGGAGACCUCCUCUGACCUGCAAACCAGUGUUUCUUCCUGCGCUUUGCCCCUCAACCUGCUGCCUAAGAGUGUAAAAGAGGCCUUAAGUCUGAUUCACCCUGAAGUAAUCCAGAGAUUCUUCGGAUGCGGCCUUCCAUUUCCAGCCAAGCUAGAGGGCUGCAGGGUCUUGGACCUGGGUAGUGGAUCAGGACGAGACUGUUUUGCCUUCAGUAAACUCGUUGGACCCAGUGGACACGUGACGGGCAUCGAUAUGACGGAUCAGCUGAUCACGGCUUCCCGCCAGUUUGUCGAGUAUCAUAGGGGGAAGUUUGGCUACGAAGAGCCCAAUGUCACUUUUAUCCAGGGAUACAUGGAGAAGCUCUGCGAAGCAGGGAUACAGAGAGACUCCAUGGAUGUUCUGAUCUCAAACUGUGUGAUCUGUCUUUGCCCGGAUAAGAGAUCAGUGCUCGAACAAGCCUACAAUGUUCUGAAGGAUGGAGGAGAGCUGUACUUCAGUGACAUGUAUGCCAGCAGUGUCGUUCCAGAUCACAUGAAGCAGGAUCCAGGCCUCUGGGGUGAGGGAAUGAGCGGCUGUUUGUUCUGGAAAGAUCUGAUCCUGCUGGCCCAAAGUGUGGGAUUCAGUACUCCACUUCUGGUUACAGCAAGCCAUAUUGAGGUCCACAACAUGGAGCUCAAAGCAAAAGCAGGUGACAUCAGGUAUGCAUCAGGCACAUACAGGCUCUUUAAGUUGCCCCGACAACCAAGAACGUCAGGUGCUGUUGUUAUUUACAAGGGAACCGUUCCUGACUUUCCAGAUCAGCUAGAUUUUGACUCAACGCACUCUUUCAAGAAAGAUGUGGAAGUGGAGGUAGAUGCAGAAAUGGCAGCCAUCCUCCAGAUUUCCAGAUUCUCCUCAGACUUUACAGUCAGGAUGUUGGAUAAAGAGCAGCCUGAUUCUGACUCCACGCCACAGUACUGCCACCUCAACCCAUUCCUGCUUGCUGACAGACGGGGUCCUCUGUGAAACAGUGCUCUAAAACUUCCAAAUAAACUAAACAGGAAGAAGCAACUUCAAAGGAAUUACAAAACACAUUUAAUUUCUCUUUUUAAUAGUGUUUAUUUCAUACUGCAAUGUGAUUUAAGUCUAGUGAUGUCUGUGAAGAACGUGAAAUAUGCUAACUGUGCGGAACAUCUUAACACUUCUAAGAUCUAAAAGAAAUGAUUACAUGUAUAACAGUGUAAUAGACUUUGUAAUCCUAAUUAAUCAGCAUGCUACAGCUGAGAAAAUACCACAUCUAACAGCUUUGAAGAAAAAAUAAAGACAUCUUAAUACUUAAAGGAA